AUGGCUUUCUCACCAUUUUUCUCUCUCAUCUCCGUCGUCACCCUCUCUCUUUUCCUCACCUCCACCGAUGCCUCCUCUCGCUAUCCAUCCACUUCACCUAAAACCACAGUACUCGACGUCGCUUCAUCUCUCCAGCAAACCCAACACAUCCUCUCACACGACCCAGCUCGUUCCUCACUCACCACCACCAGACCCGGAUUAGAAUCCUUAUCCGACCCGGUUUACCUCAACUCCUCUUCUCCACUCUCUCUAGAGCUUCACUCCCGAGACACUCUCGUCGCAUCUCAGCACAAGGACUACAAAAGCCUAGUACUGAGUCGACUCGAGCGCGACUCAUCCCGAGUCGCCGGAAUCGCCACCAAAAUUCGUUUCGCCGUCGAAGGAAUCGACAGAUCCGAUCUCAAACCCGUCUACAGCGACGAAACGCGAUUCCAGCCGGAGGAUCUAACGACACCUGUCAUCUCCGGAGCUGGCCAAGGAAGCGGAGAGUAUUUCUCUAAAAUCGGAGUGGGAACUCCGGCGAAGGAGAUGUACAUGGUGCUCGACACCGGAAGCGACGUGAACUGGAUGCAGUGCCAACCUUGCUCCGACUGUUACCAACAGUCCGACCCGAUUUUCGACCCGGCUUCGUCUUCCACUUACAAAUCGCUCACUUGCUCUGAUCCAAAGUGCGAGUCUCUCCAAACCUCCGCUUGUCGUUCAAACAAAUGUCUCUACCAAGUUAGUUACGGCGAUGGAUCUUUCACCGUCGGAGAUUACGCUACCGAUACGGUGACGUUUGGCAGCUCCGGUAAAGUAGACAACGUCGGUCUGGGUUGCGGUCACGAUAACGAAGGUCUCUUCACUGGAGCAGCCGGUUUGCUCGGUUUAGGCGGUGGAGCUUUGUCGAUGACGAAUCAGAUCAAAGCGACGUCGUUUUCUUACUGCCUCGUUGACCGUGACUCGACUAAAUCGUCGAGUCUCGAUUUCAACUCGGUCAAACUCGGUUCCGGAGACGCGACGGCGCCGCUUCUCCGUAACAGAAAGAUCGACACUUUCUACUACGUCGGACUCAGCGGAUUCAGCGUCGGUGGUCAAAAGGUCUCGAUCCCGUCGUCGGUGUUCGAAGUCGACGAGUCAGGAGGUGGAGGAGUGAUCUUGGACUGUGGAACCGCCGUGACUCGUCUUCAGACCGUGGCCUAUGACUCGCUCCGCGACUCGUUCGCUAAACUCACCACGAAUCUGAAGAAAGGAACGUCGAGCAUCUCUCUCUUCGACACGUGCUACGACUUCUCGUCUCUCUCCACCGUCAAAGUCCCGACGGUCAGGUUUCAUUUCACCGGGGGGAAGUCGCUCGAUCUGCCGGCGAAGAACUACCUGAUCCCUGUGGACGAUGCCGGGACGUUCUGCUUCGCUUUUGCUCCGACGCAGUCGUCGUUGUCAAUCAUCGGAAACGUGCAGCAGCAAGGGACACGUAUCACUUACGAUCUAGCGAAAAAUCUUAUCGGAUUGUCAGCGAAUCAGUGCUAA